AAACUUACUUCUUUUCUUUGCAAAUACAAGCCUGCACAAUCCUUGAAGCGCACCGUUUGUAGUUGUUCGCUGACCCAAUUCCAAUCACGAUAGACACAGAAAAUAUGGAAAAUCAUGGUAAUCUGCAAACGUAUGGACAAUCAUUUCCGCCUGUAAUUCAGAAUUACAUUGCGGUAAAUCUGGAUACAGUUCACAAAGUGACAAACCAUAUACUUUUUGUGAUGACGAUUUCGAAUUUCUUUCUCUUCAUGAACUCCAUAUUGGUUUCGUUCAUAACCUUCCUCGCUUCAUCACUCCUUGUAUUUCAAGCAUUUUUUGCAAUUAUGGUCACGAGGAACGACCGAUUUAGUUUUGCCCCACGAGUAUUGCAACCAACGGAAUUCAUGGUCGGUUUGUGCCUCGGGUURUGCGUAGGGGGUGCAAUCUURGCCUUUUUUGUCUCCGUWUCAUUUCGACGKUUCUUUUCUAUUUGCAAAAACGCCGAUCAGGAUAACUGCGAGUCCUUGGGUAUCACCGGUCCUUUGUGGAGCGUCUGGUGGUGGAGCUCUAUUAUCUGCUGUUCCAACAUGUUACUAAGUUAUUACAUAUUGAUAGGGCGAGAUGAAAUAAGUCAAACGCAACAGCAGGGAUACAAUAGUAUUGAUAGUCAGUCGCCAUCCGAUAUAUCAAGUCUCACYGAUACAAAAUAUGGAGGCGAACCUCCACCUUCGUUCCAGCAGGACCCUAAUUUACAAGCGCGACAGCAGCUGCAAGCACUUGGGCCACAACAGAAUCAACAUGGUUAUUCGUAUCCUGAGAAGACGGCAGGAGGGAAGAUAAUGUCCGUCUAAUGUUUUCGCAUUCGAGAAUCAUAUCUACAGUACCACAAGGAAAUUUGGACUACCUCCAGUUUUUUUUUUCACUGAAAAGUGGUAAAGGAUUGAUCCCCUACCGUACGAUUUUCGCAAACCUAUCACCUUGCAACGAUUCAUAGCACUAAKGUAUCGCAGCGAACUACGUGACAUAGGGAAAAGGUGUUCAAUAAAAACGCGAAGCCACACUUCCACUAGGAAUCAAGUAUCAGUCGAAGGCAACUUCUGCUGGAUCUUUAAGUAUGUCGAUCGACAUUCAUCGCUAUUACGUCGAGCAAAGAUCGGGGGCGGACGCAAAUCUCUACUGAAUCUAAGCGUCGAUUUGAAAUAAACGUGAUUGUGAUGAAUCACGAAAACGGCCAACAAUCUCAACCUAGAAGAGUUAUCCAAGGAGCUUCUUCCGGAGUAACAAAUGGUUGUCUUGGAAAACUCUUUUGUAGUAACAUCUUUACCCAUCCACAGUACCGUACUUCUACUUCGUAAAUGCUUGCUGCAUUGUUUGAAAGACCAAGGGACUCUUGUUUGCGCCGGUAGUACUCCUGCUAUGUCCUCGGUGGGCGAAUCUCGAUAUUUUCAGUUUGAAUGGCUCGAAAACGUUUUAUAAUUUUUGUUUGCAAGUAUUUGUCCAACUCUGACCACUUUGUGGAAGGAGCUGCUGUUGUGCAACAAUAAACAAUGCUACUACUACUACUACUACUACUACUACUACUACUACUAUGCUAGUACUACUAGUAGUCUAGUUUGAUUAGUUGAUGGGAAAGAAGAAGGAUUAGAAUUUUUAACCAAGGAGCAGGAGGGAAGACUGGAAUUAUUCAGAAAAAUAUAUCAGAAUACCAGUACAAGGGAAAACCAAAUAUCAAGUAAUUAUUAGUACUACUAGUAGUAGUAGUAGUAGUACAAAUCAUAGUACUUCUUCCUACUUCCUAUACGAAGUACUUUAGUACAUAGUACGUACUGUACGACACAACGGUACGUUCCCAGUAAGGUUCACGCGCGGUUAUUUUUCGCGCYAAGUACGUACCGUACGAUUCCAUGUUUCCAACUGUUUCAUUUUCUGAUCCCUGAUUUUCGGCAUGUUCGAUUACGACGUUUCUUGUUUUGGGCCGGGCCUCCUGAUUCCAUCAUCCUUUCCAAGCAACGGCUGCCGAACACACCUUUUGGAUUGUGACUUACUCCGUCUUUGUUACUUUCUCUGUGACACUUUGCCCAUCCAUCCAAAGUUWAGGAUCUACGUACGCUGCGACGAGAUGGAGAAGUUUUUGGUGUCGGUGCUGUUGCUCGCCGUGAAUGCGUUUCUGUUGGUGUACCCAUCGACGUCGUUCGUCGUUACAAACGAACGUAGCGGUUGCUGGUUUCCGGCAGCGCCUCGUGGAUGCCCCUCCUCGUCCCGAGGUCGAUCGGCAACGGUCGAAGACAACGAAUCCCCGGCACCAAUCUUCCCGAACGACGAGAACGAUCUAAGGUUUUCCGGCGUCGGGCGGUUGUUCACGACAACGCCCCCGCCUUCCUCGGCAGCGAGCGAAGAGAACCACCCAGGCGGUGCACCCGAAGAGCCACAGCCACGGGAGGACCACCUGCGGGUCGUAGAUCGGAUGCAGAGAAGCCGUGUCGUUGUCGUCGGCCUGGGCGGUGUCGGAUCGUGGGCCGCGGAAGCCUUGUGCCGCUCCGGUGUCGGACACAUCACCCUGAUCGAUCUGGACGACAUCUGCAUCAGCAACACGAACCGGCAGCUGCACGCUCUCUCGACCUCCGUUGGCCAGAUGAAAAUAGACGCCAUGAAGGCGAGGCUGGAGGAGAUCAAUCCCUCGGUGGAGGUGACCCUGGUCCACGACUUUGUGUCGAAGGAAAACGCGGACGACGUCUGGGAGACCAUCCGGGAGCUGUCGCCCGUGCCGGUGACCGCCUGCCUGGACGCGAUCGACGGGAGCGACGCCAAGACGGCGUGGAUCGCCUCCUGCGCCCGGCGGAGGGUCCCGAUCGUGACCUGCGGCGGGUCGGCGGGCCGGACCGAUCCCACCAAAUUCACCUGCGACGACCUGACGAGGGCGGUCGAGGACAACCUGCUGUCCUCGUGCCGCAAGAACCUGCGCAAGUACUACGGGUUCCAGGAGGGCGUGUCGCCCGGUGCCAAGGCCAGGGACCCCAAGACCGGCAAGCUGCGGAAAAAGCUUCCCCGCAAGUGGAAGAUCCAGGCCGUGUACUCGACGGAGGCGCCGAGGCAGCUGCCGAGGGGCUCGGGGACGUCCUCGCUGCGGCGCUGCGACGGGGCCCUGGGCACGGCGUGUUUCGUGACGGGAGCCUCCGGAUUCGUGGCGGCCGGCAAGAUCGUUGAGAUGAUCGCGAGCGACAACCUCCCCGUCCCGAAGCAGUUCUCCGGCAACCAAUUGAGGGAAAAGACGUGGGGACGAUAAGGCGGGAAUCGAUUCGGAAACAGUGCGUUCCGUAGCUAGGCGUACAAAAAUAA